AUGCUUUCUUUUACAGUUUUGCUGGCGGCUUCCGCCUUGACGAGCGUGACGCUUGCAAAGCCCAUUCCUGUCCCGCAGGUCGAGACCAAGAAGGGUUUCACCCUGGUGCAAAGUGUUGCAAAACCAUUCCAGGCCGGUCCUGUGGUGUUGCAGAAGACCUACCUCAAAUACAACAGUGCCGUGCCGAGCGAUGUCCAAGCUGCUGCCGAAGCUGGCUCGGUCACUGCCACUCCGGAGCAGUACGACGCCGAAUACCUUUGCCCUGUCAGCAUUGGGGGCGAAACAUUGAACCUGGAUUUCGACACCGGAUCUUCAGAUCUGUGGGUCUUCUCGUCCGAGUUGUCCAGCUCGGAGCGCUCUGGACACAGCAUCUACGAUCCGUCCAAGUCGCCGACGGCCAAGCAGCUCAGCGGAGCCACCUGGAAGAUCUCCUAUGGUGAUGGAUCGAGCGCGAGUGGCAAUGUCUACACUGACACGGUCAACGUGGGUGGCACCACCGUCACUGGACAAGCGGUGGAACUUGCCGAACAGAUCAGUUCACAGUUCCAACAAGACACUGACAGCGACGGUCUGCUUGGCCUGGCGUUCAGCUCCAUCAACACCGUCACACCCAAGCAACAAACCACCUUCUUUGAAACUGCCAUUAAUCAAGGAGUUCUGGAGCAAAACGUCUUCACGGCGGACCUGAAGAAGGGCGCCCCUGGCUCAUACGACUUUGGCUUCAUCGACAGCACCAAAUACACGGGCGACAUCACCUAUACACCAGUAGACAAUUCGCAGGGCUUCUGGGAAUUCACCGGUACAGGCUACCAGGUUGGCAAUGGCAAAUUCCAGUCGGCGAGCAUUGACGCCAUUGCUGACACCGGCACUACCCUCCUACUCAUGGAUGAUGACAUUGUUUCCGACUACUACGACCAAGUUGAUGGCGCCCAGUACGACAAUUCCCAGGGCGGUUAUACUUUCCCGUGUUCUGCUGAUCUACCCGACUUCGCUGUCGGUAUUGGCAGCUAUCACGCUGUCAUUCCAGGGUCGUUCAUGAACUUCUCUCCCGUGUCCGCCGGUUCUUCCUCAUGCUUUGGUGGUCUUCAGAGCAACGAGGGUAUCGGCCAGUCUAUCUAUGGCGAUAUUUUCCUCAAGGCCGUGUUCGCUGUUUUCGACAACGACAACCUGCAAUUUGGCGUUGCGGCGAAGGACUUGUAG